GCCCAGUACGGAAGGAAUCCCAGGCAUCUGCGGACCCUCCCUAGGCUCGGAGCUCCUUCUCUCGCCAGUCCAGGGGAAGAAGGCUCCAGCAGGGAGGAGGUAGCUUGAGAGACGCGCGAUGGGGAGCCCUUGGCAGCGUCUGUGCGCGCUGGGAGCUGUCCUUCUCUGCUGCUCUGUGGGCGAGCUGUUCGGGGAGGGCAUCAACGAGAGACCGAUCAUUGGAAUACUGGCACAAGCUAACCGCAUGAAAAAUUUGAAACACCAUGGAAAAUAUUACAUUGCUGCUUCAUAUAUAAAAUAUCUGGAGUCUGCAGGUGCAAGGAUUGUGCCAAUCAGGUUAACACAAUCAGAUGAAGAAUACGAUAAUCUCUUCCACUCUAUCAAUGGGAUACUUUUCCCUGGUGGAGCUGUCGAUCUUCAGACUUCAAAAUAUAGCCAUGUAGCCCAACUGUUUUACGACAAGGCCCUGAAGGCUAAUAAAGAAGGAGAUUAUUUUCCCAUUUGGGGAACAUGCCUUGGAUUUGAAGAGCUUACUGUCUUGACCAGUGGGGAACUAUUACUCACUUUGACCAACACUAGUGGAAUUGCUUUGCCAUUAAAUUUUACUAAAGCUGUAGCUGAUAGUAGGAUGUUCCAGAAUAUCUCUAAGGACUUGUUAGAGGCCUUAGCAACAGAACCACUAACUUCAAAUUUUCAUAAGUGGAGCCUUUCCUUGAAGAAUUUUACUAUGAAUAAGAAGCUAAAUGAAUUUUACAAGGUUUUAUCUACAAAUACAUAUGAUGGCAUCGAAUUUAUCUCCACAAUGGAAGCAUAUAAUUACCCCAUUUAUGCUGUCCAGUGGCAUCCAGAGAAGAGUACUUUUGAAUGGAAGAAUUUAACGGGCAUAGUCCAUUCACCACCAGCUAUUAGAAGUUCAUUCCACUUGGCAUAUUUCUUUGUAAAUGAAGCUCGAAAAAGCCAUCACCAUUUUGCAAGUGAAGCUGAAGAAACUAAGGCAUUGAUUUAUAAUUACACCCCUGUUUUCACCGGAAAUGCAUCUUUAUUUCAGCAAUGCUAUUUUUUUGAUUGAAUGUCCUUGGAAAUUUUUGUAGAACCACAGUGAUUUGUUUAUGGAGUCAUUAAACGAUUGUUAUUCAUGUCAAUGACAAUAAGGAAGCCAGAUCAUUUUUUUCUUGUUCUGUUAUGUUAUUUUGUUUUUUGGUUUUGUAGACUUUUUCUGGGUUUCCAUUCAAUGUGAUGAGAUCAUACUUGACUGUACUGAAUCAGCAGGUGUAAAAUGCCAUUACAUUUAAGGAAAUGGCAGUAUUCUUGCCUUUUGCAAAUUAGAAAAAAAAUAAUAUGUAUUAGUGAAAAUGUAGAUAAGUUUUUUUCCUCUCAUGAAGGAGAAAUUCUGUAAAUUAUCAUGUGAUUUAAUCUUUUAAUAAUAAUUCAAGCUUUAAAUAUAAUUAGUCUUACUAAGAAGAACAGUACUUUGUUGGCAAAAUCAAGUUUUCUGGGUUUUUUUUUUUUAAUAUUGAUACUUAAGCAAAAUGGAAGGAAGUUUAAAUUAGGCAAGUAAGUGCUUGACAUAUCAUGGAAAUCAAUGAUAGUAUCAAAUUUUUUAGAGUGAUUUUAGAUGAAAUACUUUGCAUUUCAUAUAAUACUUUUGACCAGAUACCACAUUUCCCACUGGGAAAGAAGGUGCACAACUUAGAAUUUAAUAGUUUAUAGAUGACUUAGACUUUUUUUUUUUGAGGCUAAUAAAUUAUUUAAGGACAAAUUUGAACUCAGGAAUUUCUGGUGCUCUAUCCACUGUAUCACUUAGCUACCCUGAUGAUUUCGGCUUUUAUUUUUCCUUUAGAAAAUUAUUUUAAUAUUUUACAUUUACAUUUACAAUUACAUGUAAAAAUAAUUUAAACAUUUUUUAUCCAAUUUUGAGUUCUAAAUUUUCUUUUUCUCUUCUUCUCUCCCCACUUUAAAAAGACAAGCAAUCUGACAUAUGUUAUACAUGUGUAGUCAUGAAAACACAUUUUCAUGUAAGGAUGACAUAAACUUUUAAAUAGAGCAGAUGUGCCAGCAUACUGCCUAGGAAAUCAUGAGCCUGAUUUUUCCUAUCAAUUUUCUAUUAACAUGUUAUAGUCCAGAUAAUAAAAAAUCGAGUAGUCAUUUUGCUUCUUCUUCUUUCUUUCUUUCUUUUUUUUUUUUUGCUGAGGCAAUUGGGGUUAUGUGACUUGCCAGCAUCACAUAGCUAGGAAGUAUUAAGUAUCUGAGAUCAGAUCUGAGCUCAGGUCCUCCUGACUUCAGGGCUGGUGCUCUCUACUCUGCUCCACCUAACUGCUCCUCGAGUAGUCAUUUUGAUAGCAAACAAAAAAAAGUUAUUGCUGAUUUCUUGAAAUGCACCAUCUUCUCUUGUAAAUUCAAAGUAAUGAUUUAACUAGUUAGUAUUUUUGUGGGAAGAACAAAAAAUUCAUGAAUUCAAGUUGUAGGAUUAUAGAUAGACUAGCUGAGGAGAUCUUAAUGUCCUUUUCCUACUUGUAUUAUCAAGGAUAAUUGUUGAUUAUAGCUUUUAUAUUUUGCUUCUAUUGAACCAAUGUAAUUAGGCUUCUAGAUUAUACUUUAAUGUAUUGCCUUAGCAGAUGUGAAAUGCCAUUACGGAGAGGGCAAAUUCUUCUUGUUUUCUGCAAAUUAGCAAAAAAUGUGGUUUAACCAAAAUUUUGAAAAGGAUUUUUACUCUUAUGAACAAAGGAGAAAAAUAUAUAAGAAGUCACAGGUGAUUUAAUAUCUGGAUAGGAUAAUUCAAGCUUUAAACAUAAAUUAGUUUAUCUUUAGUCUUAUGGAUGAAUUAUUCGUAUUUAUCAAUGUGUAUAAAUAAUAAUAGGUUUUAAUGUAGGUGAAUUUCUGGCAUGUAGCAUUUGCCUUGAAGAACACUGGCUCAAUCAAAUGUUUUUAUUGAGACAACUAUAAACAAUGUAACAAAUCUUUCCUAAAGGAACAGACCAUUUACUCUUUCUAAAAGAAGUAUGUUUCCAAUCAAACAUUUUAAUUCAUGCUGCUGCUAAUAGUUCUAUUUUUUGAAGAUAUAUUGUGUGUGUGUACACAUAUUAAUUAAUGAUAGUAAUCAGUUGAGUGUCUUAGAAAAUUUUUAAAAUGGAAAUAUCGAAUAUCAUUGAAUUUAUUAUAAUAAAAAGCCCAAGAAGACACUCAUUUAAUUUAUUAUCUGGUCUCAUUGCACAAGGGUCUAACCUGAAAUGCAACUAUUUGUGAUUUGAUAUUUACAUUCUUUGUUUAAAUUAAAGUUCUUCAAGCUUCUGUCAAAGUCUAACUCUUGAAGUCCAGCUCUUCUUCUUUCCCUGAUAAAAUAGUAAAUUCCAAGACACAUUAAUUAGUUUGUUACCACUGUUUGGGUCAGUGAGAUAUUUUGGGGAGGCCUGCCUGCUCUUCUUUUUUUUUUUUUUUUCUUUUUUAAACCAUUCAUUUAUAAUAGGAUAUUAAAAGCUUAAGUGAAUAAGUGAACUAUAAACUCUUUUUAUUUUUAAGAGAAAAAGUAGUUGAGUGGAAAUUGAGCAAACUGAAAAAUAGAACUAGUUCUGACACUAAAUUGAGGUAAUCAUCAAAUUAUUAACUUCCUUUGUGUUUCACUUUUCCAAUCUUAUAUGGUAAUAAGGAUUUCCUAACCUGUUUACCUUAUGGAGAGGUUAUGAAUAUCAUUCUCUCUGCUUGGCCUUUCACUGUCUCACCUCCUCCAUGAAACUUCCCUUUGAGCAUCUCAGAUGACAGUGAUCUCUCCCUCUCAAUUCAUUUUUUUCUGCCCCUCAUUUGGCAUUUACUAUGUGAGCCCUGCACCAUUUCUUUGCUUUUUGAAUUGGUUUGACAUAUACCCUCAAUUUGCCUGUAAACUACUUGAGGAUAGCUAUCCUAGGUUAUCAUUUGAAUCUUUUGUAUGUUUAAUACAAUGUCACAUAAAAAAUAUGUGUAUUGAUGGACUAACUACGUAUUAAACACUUUUUCUCCAAGAUGUAGAUCUAUGUUAGAUCAGAUAGUACCUGUUUAAAAUUGCUUCCCAGUUUUCCUUGUAAUAUUUUCAUUAAGUUCCUAAAUUGUUAGGAUCUAGCUGCUAAUGUUACAUGGUAUCUUACAUUUAAGAAUUGCCAGUAUCUGAGUUUCAUUAUCUUUCUUAUUGUUUUAAGUGAAGUAAAUAUUUUCUAGAUGCUCUUACUUUUAUUUCACUUUCUAAAUAGAACCCUUCCUCUCAGUGAAGAAAUACAAGUAAGCAAAACAAAUCAACAUAUUAAAUACAAAAGAUUCCCAUGAGGUUUCACUUUCUGUUAAUGCUCAUAAUCAGGAGGUUUUGUUAGGAGAGGAUAGUUUGUGGUAAAGGGUAGACAUUGAAAGAGAAAUUCUGAAUGCAGAGCACUUUUUUGCAGCAUGAAAGAAGGAACCAUCAGCCUUAAGUUAUAAGGAAUAAAAGGGGAUAUCCUUGACAGAAAUUUGAGAACUGCUAGCUUGAUAUGCCUACAAUAUACAAAGGUAAUGUACCUAUAACAUUCAAAGUUGUAAAAAUUUUGCAACAUAAUAUACAUUGUGCACAUGGAAUGUAAUAGUGAUAGAUUUGUAAGUAAUCAAUAUUUUUGUUUUAAAACAAAGUGUUUUCUUUUGGUUUUAUUUGGUAAAUUUUCAUUAAUUGGAAAUUAAUGAAUAUGUAACAUUCAAAAUAAAAAGUGCCAAAGCUGUGUUUUUCUUUUAAGCCAAUAAUACUGUCCUUAACGUGAAUACAUUCAUUAAACAGAUAUUUAUUAAGAA